AUGUACAGCAACCGCCGCUGGUCGCCUUCCUCUGCGGGUCAUGGCUUUCCAGCGUGUGGGAGGCCCCAGGAGCAGUGCGAAGGCCCGUUCGAGAGCUGGCUGCGCGCGAGGGGCAUCGAGCUGGAGCCUCUGAGGAGGGAGAACCCUCGGUUGGAACGCCUCUUUCGGUCGGACUUCGACACGCUGAGAGCUUUGAAGAUGCGAACGAAGAGAGUAGCCACGCAACCUUCGACAAACGGGUCCGACAGUGAAGAGGAGGGGGAAAUUAGAGAAGAAGAGGAGGUGGUGGGGCCGCUGAUCCAGUGUCCUCAAUGUGCGUUGAGGGGCGAGGAGGAGGAAGUUGAAGCUGAGGAGCCGACGUACGGAGGCAUCCGCAGUCGCAGCGAGUUGCUGGCGACCAGGGUGCUGCCAGCCGACGAGUUCCGGAAGAUGGUGGAGCGGCAUGGCCCCAAUGGCUACAUGGUUCCCAGUGAUAGGUUGCCGCCGAUCCCCAUUGUGUUGAGGGACGACGAAUCGAUUGGGAAGUACGAGGCUGUGUUCCAGAAGUGGCUUCGCUUCAAGAAUGUGACGCUGGAGAUGCUGAAGGACGACCCGGAGGAGGAGCGGCGCUAUCGGCAGUGCUACGCAUACACUCGCCUUCGCAAGCAGAAUUGGAAGGACUCGGCAAAAUACGGACGGCGUCCACAAAGUAGAGGUCGAAGUCCGCCCCGGAUCUACAACGACAGCCCAGAUUGGGACAGGAAGAGAAGUAUUCCAGCCCCAAUAGCUACAAGAAGUACGGAGCCGACAAGUACGAGAAGCGUCCUCGACAGAGCUGUUAUCGUGAAAGUGACUACUCGAUUUCGCCUGCGGUUUCUGGAGAUGCUCGUCACGGUGAUAUCAAGUGUGGAUCGCUUCUUCGAGGAGAUCGGACAAGAGGUGGUGCAUUUGUACGCAGGCGACUCAACUCUUGUAAAGGAUUUCGUUUACACCCGGUCUGCAGUGGUGACCGGUCCACGAGAGUAUCCCGCUGAAAAGUGCAAUGGCCCCGAGCUGCCUCUUGCUGGAACGGAUGGAGCUGCUGACUUUCACACUGUUGCCAAGGCUUCGUGCACUCACGAGUUGCCAGAUAAGUGCUCUCGGAUCCGGAAUUGUGCGGACAUUGUAGACAUCGCGUCCAGGACCAUCGCUGAAACAGAGCAGCUUCAGAGAGAUCCCCUAAAGCAGCGACUUCGCGACAACUACCUUCGACUCACUGACCAAAUCACCGUGAAUGAAAUGGCGAUGGACGACUUACUGGCCUACGUCAAGAAAAUCGAGGUGAGCGACGCGGAGGAAGCGUCGUACAACCUCAGUCAAAUUGAAGAGGCAGCUGCGUCAAUUAGCGAGGUGAAGAAGGACCGUGACACAGCUCUUGCCGUUGUGGUGGCUCACGAACGGAUGGAAAAGGAGCCCGUAUUGGACAAGCUUCUUCGACCCUUCGUUGAUGAGACGGUGCCUGACCCGGACGCCCACAGGAGGUUGGCGUUGAUGUACAACGAGCUCAAGCGGAAGGAAGACGGGUUGGAGACGUUGCAAGCGAAACUAAUAGUCAUGCUAAAGGAGUUUUCCAGUGCCCACGAGACUCAGGCCGAACAACUCCAUCGGUUAGCGCACACGGUUUCAGCGGAGUUGAGCUCCCGGUCUCAAUUGGAGAACCAGUGCCAAACACUGAGCCUCAACCUGCUUCGAAGAAGCAAUUGCUCACCAUGUAGCGAUCCGAAACGUGAAGAUUCCCAAGCAUUAGCAGCCUAG